AUGGAGGGAUUACCGAAGCUACCCGGUAAUGACUUCGCGAACAGGUUGCGCCAAAAACAUCAUGUACCCCAGAGUUUCAAGUACAUCAACGGAUACCCAAUUCCGGUUCGACCGGAGUGUGGUCUCGGUGGUGAGCGGUUGAACGAGGAUUCAAUCCAGUUCUGUCCAGGAGACAGUAGCAACGAUACCGUGCUUUAUGAUCCGAUCCUUACGUACGGUCGCGUACGCCAUUUGCCAGUCAAGCCGUAUCGACCACACUUUGUGCUGUAUGAUCAGAAGACGCUGAACUUUCGAGCAUUUUUCCGGCAGGCCGUACCGGAAUCGGCCACCGAAACAUUCCGCAUUCGGUACGUCAACAUAUUAUACUUCCUAGAGGAUGACACGAUGACGGUGCUGGAGCCAACGAUCGAAAACUGUGGCUACCCCCAAGGCCGCUUGGUAAGGCGUGGUAAAAAGCUCCGAAAUGAGGACCGAGGUGAAUUCUACACCUGGAAAGAUCUCAACAUUGGCAUCAACGUAGAGAUGCAUGGGUACGUGUUUCACAUUACCGAUUGCGAUGCAUACACGAAGGAGUUUCUCCUUAGCAACGGUAUCGAACUGAACGAAAUCGAACUGCUACCACCGGAUCCGGCCAUGAAUGAACGAUCGAUCGCACAACGGCAAACAUUCCGGCACCACAAGAUGUAUCCGGAGCCGGAUGAUAAGCUGCGCAAGUAUCUCGAGUACCAGGGCAAGGUGUUACACUUCGAUUGUGUGCUGGACGAACGUGAUCGAGAAGGAGGCGGCGAAAUGAUGACCUACAAACUGUUCUACUAUCUCGAAGAUGACACCGUAUCGAUCAAGGAGUUGAAAGAAAACCAAGAAGGAAGGGAUUACUUUCCUAUGCUGCUCCGAAAACAGAAGCUUCCCAAAAAUUGGAAAGAUAAUCCUGUGUCCUAUCCAUCAAUCUUCCUGGAGAAAACGGACCACGAAGUGUCGGAGUACCAUUCGCCAAAAGAUCUCAUCGUUGGCACCACACUGUUCGUGUAUGGGCGCAAAUUUCUCCUGCUGGACUGCGAUGGUUUUACGCGCAGCUACUACGAGAAAGCACUCAAGAUCGUGCAACCGGAUCGGGUCACUUUGGCGACUCCGGAACCUAGAACACCUAGGCUAGAUGUUCCGCUGUAUCUGGGUCUCGGUACGCCCGAAGAUUCACUCGCAUCGCACCAUAGUCUGGUACCAAAGAGCCCGAAAAAGGACGUCGUUACCUAUCUGGUAAACGUGAACAAGUUUCUGCGCUAUGGAUGCGUGCUGGAUACGGCUCAUCCCGAGGACAAAAUACGCCGGUUCGUACUCAGCCUUUCGCUAGCCGACGGCACCAUCUCGAUUAUGGAGUCCGCUAUCGACAACUCGGGCAUACGGGGAGGUCGCUUUCUGUCGCCACGCAAAAUUUGGCUGCCCGAUUGUAACCCUAACGAGCCGAGCUACUACACGGCCAAAGACCUGUACAUUGGGGCCACAAUUGUUGUGUUUGCGCAUCGGUUUCGCAUCGUCAGUGCCGAUCUUUACGUGUACCGGUACAUGCAGGCCCAUCCAGAAAUGUUUGCUCCGAACGCGAUCGAGAGCGUGCGCGAUUAUCUGCUCACGGAGGGUCACCUGCGCGAAGAUCUGCGACAGGCGACGGACACCGAGUAUCAGAAACUGGCGGAAACUGCGAAGCCCACCGAUGCCGGUGAGGCAGCCACAGAUGAGGUAAAGCGACGGUUAACAGGCUUUGAGAUAAGCGAACCGUCCAGACCGGUAUCACCGCUUGCUCCGGAGCGCACAGAAUCACCACGGCUUCCGUCGCCAACGAUGAAACAUCCCUGUCCUCAUCCGAUCAUACCGGACGAAGAGAUACGAAAAGCGUACCACACAAACGAACCGGAAGAGUUGGCCAUUCAAGCAAAUCGACCGAACGAUACGCCAACACAGCCAGAGUCGCCAGCACACGAUGCAAAAGGCAAAAAAACGGUUCGCUUUCUCGAAGAUUAA